AGUAUAUUUACAAAUUUUUAAUGCUUAUAAUUUUUUUUCAUAAACCGAAAAAACCAAAAUAAAACCAAAUAAAACCACCAAGUUACUCACUGUUUUGUUUUAGUUUUGGAUAAAAACCAAACAGCCAAAACCCAUUACACCCCUAGUCUAACCAAUAUUUUAGGGUUAUUUAAACCCAGCCGCUAGCAUCAUUUCUUCUGAUCACCUACCUAAUCGGCCGCUUCAACGUCCACCCAGGCCAGCCAGUUUUUUUUCAGAUAGUUGUUUGGAACCGCAUAUGAAAAUGAUGAUGCAAAUGGAGAAAGUAAAGCUGCAGUUUGGGGUCCGACUCUUGUUAGUAGCCAUAGCGUUUGGAGUUUUUGCAGCGGAGUCUAUCGUCUUAAGCCCUUCCAAGUUAGAGAUGUUUGUUGACAAACUCCCACAUAUGCCCAGAAUCAAAGGCUAUGAUGUGGUUCAUGGCCGUCCUGUUCCCAAAUCACUCAACAUUGGCAUGUUUCACAAGAAAUGGAAGUUUCACAGAGAUCUUCCCUCAACCCCGGUGUUCUCAUAUGGCAAGUCGAGGCACGCAGCAACGGUUCCUGGUCCUACAAUCGAGGCGCUUCACGGAGUUGACACAUACGUUACAUGGGAAAACCAUCUCCCUUCCCAACACAUACUCCCUUGGGACCCAACCAUCCCCACUGCUCAACCCAAGAAGAAGGGCGGGGGGAUCCCGACGGUGGUCCACCUGCAUGGAGGAAUUGACGAACCCGAGAGCGAUGGCAACCCAAAUGCAUGGUUCACUGCCGCAUUUGGAGAGCGUGGGUCCGCGUGGACGAAGAAGAUGUACCACUAUCACAACAUUCAACAACCUGGGACCCUGUGGUACCAUGACCAUGCCAUGGGGUUGACCAGAGUCAACCUCUUGGCUGGUCUGUGCGGGGCGUACAUCAUACGCCAGCCGGAUAUUGAGAACCCACUCCGGUUGCCAAUCGAUCUUCCGUUGGUCGUCUUUGAUCGCAGCUUCAACACCAACGGUUCGAUCUACAUGAACUCUACGGGAAACAAUCCAUCCAUACACCCACAAUGGCAACCCGAGUACUUUGGCGAUGCCAUCAUAGUCAAUGGCAAAGCAUGGCCCUACAUGAUCGUGCGACGUAGAAAAUACAGGUUCAGGAUCAUCAAUGCCAGUAAUGCCCGUUUUUUCAACUUUUACUUCCUCAACAACUUGACCUUUAUCCACGUGGCAUCGGACUCGGCGUACAACGAACACCCUGUUGCACUCUGUGAGGUCCUCCUAGCCCCAUCUGAAAUUGCCGACGUUGUGGUUGACUUUUCCAAGUCAAAGUCAAAAUCAGCAAUCCUAGCUAAUAAUGCCCCAUACCCUUACCCUUCGGGUGAUCCCACUGACGAAGCUAAUAGCAAAGUUAUGAAAUUCAUCCUGAAAUCUGGUCGCGAGCGUGACACAUUACGAAUUCCUAAUAAACUCAUAAAAUAUCCCACCCCAAACGUAUCAGAGGCCACAACCACAAGGUACAUCACUCUGUUUGAGUAUACGAGCGAUGUUGACGAGCCUACACAUCUAUACAUCAACGGGAAAUCGUAUGACGCUCCAGUUAUGGAGAGACCAAAAGCGGGAACAAGUGAGAUAUGGAAUGUCAUAAAUCUAACGGAGGAUAACCAUCCAUUGCACAUCCAUUUAGGCCUUUUCAAGGUGUUGGAUCAAACCAAGUUGGUGAAAGAGGAGGAGUUUAAAGCAUGUAUGGUGAAGUUAAACAACGCGGUCAAGUGUAAAGUGAAGGAGCAUACACGCGGAGAAAGGGUAGAGGUGCGAGCACACGAGAAAGGAUGGAAGAAUGUGUACAAGACGAUGCCCGGCUAUGUGACAAGAAUCUUUGUCACAUUUUCCUUCAUCCAUUCAAAUGCUUCCUACCCUUUUGAUGCCACGGCAGAGCCCGGUUAUGCCUACCAUUGUCACAUUUUGGAUCAUGAAGACAAUGUCAUGAUGCGUCCCUUAAAAUUCGUACAUUAAGAAUUGAAAAAUACAAUCAAAUUGUAAACACGAUAGACUUAUUAUCGCAGGAGUUGCACUCGGCAAUUGGAUGAUUUGGAUCUAUCACUUUUACAUUAAUGAACAUAUGCAAGAUAAUAAGAUUUUUUCAAUUGA